UGAAUCGCCUCGAGUCGGAAGCUAGGGUUCCAAAGGGACCUUCUUUCUCGGCCGGUUCGUCGGAGGAGGUGGCGGCGACCAUGCCGACGCGUCGUGGUGGAGAGAAGGGGUUUUCCAAGGCUGCGGAGCGCAAGCCGUCGCGUCGUGGUGGACAGAAGGCCGGUUCGCAGGAGGCAGCGAUCAUGCCAGGGCGCCAUGGUCGACAGAAGGGGCUUCCCAAGGCUGGUUCGCAGGGGGGCCAUGGCAAGUGCAAGGGAGGUCCUCUUCCUCCGGCGAAGAACAUGAUGAGUGAAGAGGAGGUGAGGUCCAUCCUGUCCUGGGAAAAGCCUGCCCGCUUCGACCGAAAGAAGAACAAGGACGCCGGUUUCUUCAACAAGUUGAUUGAUGAAAACUUCAAGUACCAGCGGGAGAUCAAAGAUGAGUUUGAGGAGAAGGGCUACGUCGAGAUCCCCGACAACUUCCGAGAAGACACCAACAGAAUGAUGCGUGAAGCUCACAGGAAGGCGUACCUGGAGGUUUUUGGCACCGAACCGCCAGCUAAGUUCUACUAGAUCGGAGGAGCUGUUAUUUCACCGUGUAUCUAUCCCUAGUAGCAUUGACUGGAGCACUGUAGUUUGCAGUAUUUGUAUUUA